AGUUCACUGGUCGCCGCCGCCGCCCGCACGCGUCGGCCCGAACACCGGCGCACAGCACAGCGCUCGGCGGUGGAGCGCAGCACGUGCCGCGGCGCCGGCUGUGGCGGAGUGACCCGCCGGGUGUCAGUGAGAGCUGAGGUCGCAGCCGCCGGCCAGAGAAGGAGAUGCCCGGUCUGGUGGUGCGGGAGCCGGUCCGAGUGCCGCCGGAGCCGGCCCGAGUGCCGCCGGAGUCGGCCCGGGUGCCGCCGGAGGUGUGCCCUCCGUCGGCGGUCACCCCGACGGAACCGGCGCCCGCUCACGACCCGCUGAUGGCCGGCUACCAGGACUGCGCUGCCGAGGCGGUCCGCUUCCUGGUGGAGGAGGAGGGCCGCGCCCCGGACGACCCGACCGUGGUCGGCCUCACGGAGCACCUGCAGGCCAGGUCUGCGUACCUGGAGUACCUGAGUCUGCUGCGGCGCCUGGAGGUCGACAUGGAGGACCAGCUGGAGAAGGUGCUCCGCUCGCCUCCGGAGCGCGCUCACGAGGGCCAGCUGCUCUCCGAGCGGCAGCGCCGGCUCGUGGAGAGCGUGUUCCGCGGCUGUGACCUGGUGCUGCGCUCCGAGCCCGCCGACGGCCUGGUGGAGCCCUCGCCGCCGCCGAGCCCGCCCUCCGAGCCCACCGAGCACCCGAGUCGGCACCGCUUCCACAACAACUCCUAUCUGGACCAGGUGCUCAGCUGGGCGUACAUCGACAGCCGCGAGACCUAGCGGCCACCGGGCCGGGCAGGGAGCCCCACCGGACCGGGCUGGAAGCUCCUCAGGACCGGGCAGGAAGCUUCACACAGACCGGGCUGAGUGCUCCUCAAGACCGGGCUGGAAGCUUCACACAGACCGGGCUGAGGGCUCCGCAGGACCAGACUGGAAGCUCUGCAGGACCGGGCUGGGGGCUCCGCGGGACCAGACUAGGAGCUCUGCAGGACCGCUCCAGCUUCGAGUCGGGGCCGCAGAGAUCUCCGUCACGGAGAUGCUACUAUGCGGAUCUCAGUAGAGGACCCCGUGCGGUGUAAAAGGCCCACUAGGCAGCUCGGUACAACAUAGUGAUCUUCCUUUUGCUGUCAUUACCUCGUGUACCGCGGCGAGCUUUUGGGUCGUGUUGGGGCGGGGCCGAUGGUCCCGUGACUGUUACAUACCCGUCAGUUGGUCCUUCACGAGCUUACGCCCAGCAGUCAAGAAGCUCAGGCGCCGCCUCCAAUAGCCUCGACAAUCCUUAGUUCUCCAUACAUGGUUACCUGUUCUGCGAGCGAACAUAUACCUCUACAUGUGUAGACUACAGAUGUGCGCACUAGUCCAGUGAUGCCCUCGGCGUUCAGUAACGUGGCGUUCGAUCCUGAUGUAUGCGUGCCGGAGUGUGUGUGGGGGUGCGUGCGUGUGUGUGCGUUAGUACGAGUUGUCGCCUAGGCCCGAUGGGCACGCGGUCCGACCUCUCCAUCAGCUAGUAACCAAAGUCGGCCGAGGCAGGAGCCCGGAAGAGUGGUCCGCCAUCUCUCCGGGUAAGCGAGGCGCCCACCGAACAGAGCGCGAGCGUGACAGCGCGCGCCUGGUCAGCAGAAGCCAUCUAGUCCGCAGUUUAGUAAUGUAGCGUGCUUAGAAGACUGGAGGAUAUAGGUGAUUAUGCUGCUCUCUUUGAAAAUACUCAAUAUGUAAUCACAAAAUGACUUCUUCAAUAGGUAUCUGUCCUAAUACCAUGCUGUCUUACCCUGAAAACUAAUUUAUAUACAUAGUUUAUAGAGUAGUCGCGCUUACUUAUGACGAAUUCGGUAAUUGUUUUGUCAUUUGUGUGUAUUUUAAGGGUGAUAUAGGUAAUAGCUUGUAACGUUGUGUUCUCGCAGUCUAUUUAAGGUGGCAGUAGGCGAUUUUGUUUUGUACAUAUGCGGGUGUGUAUCACAAUCGUCCGGCGCUUUUACAAAGGUUCUCCAUUCUAGUCAUGUGGAAUGUCGAUGCGUUCAUGGGUUACCUCUGGUUUUAUAUGCAACGCAAUAAAAGAAAUGGAGUGGAUAUA